AUGACUACAUUAUUUACAGCAGCUUACUUCGGUAAGUUUGAAGAGUUUUAUGAAUUGUAUAAAAUUGAAUUGAAAGAAUAUGAAAAAUUUGAUGAUCAUUAUGACUUAGAUGAUAUGCAAUUUUUGUCUAGAUGUAUAGUUAGAGGAGUUACAUAUAAUUUUGAAUUUGCUAGAAAAUUACAUAAUUCUGAUUUAGCUUUAUCUGAAAGAAUAUGUAGAGCAAUAUCAGGAAGAUUUAUUAUGAGCAAUUAUUUAGAAGAAGAAUUUAUUAAGCCCUUUUGUAUUUGGUAUCCAGAUGUUCCUUCUAAAGAAACCUGUGUUAGUAUUGCAAAAAAGUUUCCUCAACUUGUUGGUAUUGUUUGUGUUUUAAUGAAUUGGAAUGAUAUUUAUGAUUCUUUGAAUAUUUAUCCUAUGAGAUAUAUUUAUAAUUUAGCAAGGCUAAUAGAUAGAACACAUAUAGCUGAAGAUCAAUGGAGAAAAAGUGAAAAAUAUAAUGGGUUUUUUUGUUUUUAUUCAAGAAGUCCAUCAGCAGAGUUUAGAGAUGAGAGAGAAUAUGUUCUAAAAGACUAUUUACCAAUAUAUAAUUCCAGGUUUCAUGAAGAAAGUUUAAUGGAUUAUUGUAAUUACAAUUAUUUUGAUUCAGAUGAAGUAUGCUCAACAGGGCUAAUGGGUUGGAAUAAUUUAUCUCAAGGAAGUUUUGAAGGUAAUCUUAUUCUUGAUAAUGUGAAAACUCAUAAAUUUAAACAAAUAGAUAGUUGUCAAACUUAUUCAGAUUAUCUAUCGAAAUUUAUUAAGCAAUAG